UUAAACGCUGUCCUGGAGGAGUCACUUCCGGGCCUUGAGGAUCUGCUGCUGGAGCCUGCUCAGCGCACCGUCGAUGACCUCCUGGAUCCUGCUCUGCUCAGCCUUCGGCAGCCCAUCGUGCACACAGUGUCAGUGGUGUGUGGCAGCUCACGGCUUCAGAUCAUGGUGCCGGCGGAUCUCUUUGGGAACGGCGUGCCCAUCACUGACAGGGAGCUGAUGCUGGGGGCUGGCUGUGCUGUGACUGAUGUUGGGGAAGAGACCUUCCAGCUGGACUACCUGCUAUUGGCAUGCGGGGCCACCAUGGAGCUCCUCCCUGACACCAUCCACUACAGAAACGUCCUCUACUACAGGCCCUUUGCUCUGGAGGGCGUGAGCCGCGCCAGCGCCUUCUCCCUCCCCAUCGACUGCUACUACCCCAGGUCUGGGAAUGUCUCCUCCUCGGGCCUUCAGCCUACCUGGGCCCCCUUCAGCGCCACACUAAUGCACAGACAGCGCCUGGACUUUGCCCUGGAUGUCUAUGACAGUACCUGGUCCUCCCCCCUGUCUGACCCCACGUCCUACCUUGGUGACCUGAUAAACAUCCAGGCCUCGGUGAGGACAGGCAGCCAUGCACCGCUGAAGAUCUACAUAGACGAGUGUGUGGCCCAGCCAAGUGUGGAGUCCUCUGUGAAAUAUGAAGUCAUCACAGACCACGGGUGCCUUGUGGACGGGCAGCACAGCCGCUCUCGCUUCCUCACCCCCCGGGGAGACCACUUCCUCCGGUUUCAGCUGGACACGUUUGUCUUCACUGGUGCUUCUAACAACCAGAUCUAUCUGCUGUGCCACCUGAAGGCAGUAGCUGCUGGCCCUGCCACCCAGCACAACAAGGCCUGCUCCUAUGACCCAGCCACUGCAGCCUGGCUCUCCCACGAAGGAGGAGACUGCUCCUGCUGUGCUUCCCCUGCUCACUGUGGGACCAGGAGGCGGCGCCGGCAUCUUCCUCAGGACCGGGAAGGGCUCCUUGGAGAAGUGGACAUUCAGCUUGGCCCCAUCAAGCUGGCCUCCAAUUCCUCUGCUGUGCUGGCCUCUAGCUCCCACACAGCGGCUUCCACAGAGCCUGCCUCAGCCAUGCCUGUGGCUGUUGAGGUGUCUUCCACCAUGACUACCUCUGGCAUCCCUAAAGCCAUCCGCCCAGUCCUGCUGUCCCCAAAUCAGGCAGCAAAUCCCAUCGUGAGAGAGGAAACAAAGGACUCCUCAGGGCUGCAGCUCCCCUUCUCUGUCACAACCCUGGCCAUCGCCGUGAUGUCCUCCAUCUUCGUCUUCCUGGGGAUCCUGGGUUGCUACUGCUCCACAAAGCGCUACCACAGAGGCUACCGGAUGGGUGCUGCUGAUGCUGCCUUGGGGGAGGCUGGUGCUGUUGCCAUGGCACCCACAGCUGCUGGAAACUCCAGUGUAGCAUCCAAGAAACCUGGUGCAGUGGUGGCUUCAGCUUGCGGGGAGUCUGGCGCUGUAUGAACCUCCAGCCUCUUGAAAAAUUAAACCCGUCAGU